AUGGAGCACGUACUACGAUGCAAUGCUCUUAAAUGUCGGAAGGAGCUUGGCGAUAGGGCGCUGGUGACCACCUGUAGCCAUAUUUUUUGUUUGGAUUGCGCUGCUCGUCUAGGAUUGACAGUACAAGGGCAUGAUUCUCGUAACUCAUGCCCGGCGUGUGGUUCCCAUCUAACAAACCCUGAUGACGCCGUUAUUUCCAACCUUAAUCCAAGUGAGGAUUAUAAAACGAGUGUCCUAAGUGGCCUUAGUCCCAAUAUUAUCAUCGAGUGCGCGAGCAGAGCUCUCAGCUUUUGGGCCUAUCAGGCUACUCAGGAAGUCGUUUACCAGGAGCACCUCAGCAAGGCUCUUACCGAGAAAUACUCGAACCUCAGUGUUCAUCUCGACAAGGUUAUCAACGAGGCUAACAUAGAAAUCACCAAUCUCCAAAAUAAGCUCACCGGAAAGAUGGACCAGGAUAGCCUCCGUAGAAAGAAUGAUGAAUUAACCCAGGCAUAUAAAGAGAAAAACCGAAAACUGCUCCAAAUCCAAGAGUUGUACGAUAAACUCAAGCGAAAGGCGAUGCUUGGUCAAAUACAAGAUGCGGCAGAAGAUGCAAUUGAUUCAACGCUUCAUGGGUCACCCUCAGCUCGUGCACUGUUCGAGAGUGGGAGUCAAAAUCUUACGGGUUACGAAGAGACAGAGACACCCUACGGGCAACAGCAAUAUCCGGCAUUUCACGAACAAAGGAUGCCAGUGGGAUAUCAACAUCAAACUACGACCAAAGACUACGGUAGCACAUGGCCUAGGACUACGGGAUCUCAAUCGAAUGUACCGGUCACACCGUCAAGUCACCGUCAACGUGUUGUUGAACCAAGUGGUAUGGGUCUAUCAACGAUUCCAGGCCUUGUCGCAGGUACGCCUCAAACACACCACAACCACAUAAAUAUGCGACCACCACAAGCAUCUCAGGGUGAGAUAUUGUCUGGUCUCCAAGGAAAUCCGAGGUUUCCGGCAGUGGGAUUAAGCUCUGGAUUGAAAGUCAGUCAUGGUGGAGGAAACCCAGACAGGCUUGCCGGUUCCUCAACAAGACCACGAGGUUAUUCUCCAAAAUCAAGGACAUAUACAAGCUAG